AUGCCCACCAAAGUGUCGCCCCUCCUUGAAGAGGCGGUAGUCGACGCCAUGCAGACCCCAGCGCAACCCCAAGACCGCCAAGCGACAGAAGCCGCCACCACGGCGGUUAUAGACCACGACCAAGACCACGAACACCUAGACCACGACGCCGAAGCCACGACGGCGGAAGAAAUACACCAAACCAUCAUACAUCCCGGCUCCGUUCGAAUAAACGUCGAAGGCGCCUUCAUCGUCGAGUCUCCCCCCGGCUCGCCGACCGAGCAACCAGUCAAGUCUGGGCGCAUAUCACCGACCCAGGAGACCAGCGACAUCCGGUUACCGAAUCACACGGCGGUAGUGAGCCAUAUUGCUGUUGAUAUCGGCGGCUCGUUAAUUAAGCUCGUCUACUUCACCCGUGAAGCACACUCUACCGAGCCCGGUGGCCGGUUGAAUUUCCACAGCUUUGAGACCGAUCGUAUCGACGACUGUCUGGAGUUCAUGAAACACUUGCAGGAGAACCAGCAGAGACUCAAUGGUUCGCAUCCCGCAGAGCUCUGUGUCAUGGCCACUGGCGGAGGGGCCUAUAAGUUCUAUGACAAGAUUCGGGACGUCCUUGGAGUUGAUGUGUUACGGGAAGAUGAGAUGGAGUGUCUAAUUAUUGGCCUUGAUUUUUUUAUUACAGAAAUCCCUCGGGAAGUUUUCACAUACAGCGAAACAGAACCAAUGGAAUUCGUCAUCCCCAACGAAAACAUCUACCCUUACCUCCUCGUCAACAUCGGCUCCGGCGUUUCGUUCCUCAAGGUCUCCGGCCCCCACAAGUAUGAGCGAGUCGGUGGUACGUCCCUCGGAGGCGGAACCCUAUGGGGUCUCCUCUCCCUCCUGACAGGCGCACGGACAUUCGACGAGAUGUUGGACAUGGCCGACCAGGGCGACAACUCCAAGGUCGACAUGCUCGUGGGCGACAUCUAUGGAACGGACUACGGAAAGAUCGGGCUCAAGAGCACGACCAUCGCGUCCUCCUUCGGCAAGGUCUUCCGCAUGAAGAGGGAAGCCGAGUCAGCGGCCGAGGACAGCGGCGGCGCCACGGCCUUCUCCCUCCAGAACCCCGCCAUGCCGUCCGAGCAGGCCACACCGGCGGAUUCGGAAAGUGGCCGCAUCCCCCCGUUCUCCCGCGCCGACAUUUCUCGUUCUCUCCUUUACGCCAUCAGUAACAACAUCGGCCAGCUGGCCCAUCUCCACAGCCGCAUCCAUAACCUCAAUCACAUCUACUUUGGCGGAAGCUUCAUCCGAGGCCACCGCCAGACCAUCAACACUCUGAGUUACGCCAUCAAGUUCUGGUCCGGCGGCCAGAAGCAGGCUUACUUCCUUCGCCACGAGGGCUAUCUCGGCGCCGUUGGUGCGUUCCUCAAGAGACAGCCUAGGAACUGGGGUCGGCGAGGUAGCUUCGAGGAAGCUGUCGCCAAGGACGGCAUAGAGUGGCGGAUGCGCGAGCGAGUCGCAAAGGAAGCCGCCGAAGCUUAA